AUGGACCCAUUGCCAGAAAAUCCUCUCCCAGAUCCAGCUGCUCUUGCUCAAACUCUCAAGACAAAGCAGGCUCCUUUAGCUACUGGAAUCGCAGAGCCGCUCGCUGGACAACAGAGUAUCUUCAACACCUUAGUAGGGAUGCAGAAACAGCUAGCGCAAGUCGAUAGGCGUUCCGCUUGCGUAAACUUUACCUCUUUGGAAAAAUACACUGGAGCACUGAUGGAUGAUUGCCAGACCAUCAACCAAACAAGAGGUAGUGGUGCAGGGAAACCGUAUGAUGAAGUUCGUUUUCCUGAUAAUACACUCCCUUCACAACCUGGUCAAGGCCGUGCUCCACUUCCAAUGCUCAAUAAUAUGCUUGACAUUCGUGCACUCAGCGGUGAAGACGUUACUACUUAUCUCACUAAUCACGGAAUUCUACCAGAAAAUAUUCCGCAUCUUGUCACGGACCGCCGCAAAAAGCUUGCUGAAAUUAUUGGUUGUGAUAUGCUUACAACUUGCGCGUGCAACCCCAACAUCAACCUCUCGACGCCGACUCAGUGGGGACAAAGGAGUGAUGAAGGGAAUGGAGAAUUUGUCAAAAAUGGCAAGCCUAAGUUCUGCGAUGAGGAUGACGAGAGCGAAGUGGAUGCUGUUGGUGGCAUUGACGAGGAAGCGAAGGGCCCGGAAUGGGAGAUCGUUCAAGCGGAUAGAGAUGUUGACGUGGAACUGGAUAUAGCUCCUCCUCCCCCGACACCAGUACCAAGACCUUCCUCGGUGGCCCUGGAACUUCCAGUACCACCACUUCCUUGA